UGUUAUCAAAACGACGGAACUAGUAAAUUCUCUGGUCUCCAUCUUCUCUCUCUCGUUCACACACAAACCCCUAGUACUGUCACUAAUGCUUUUCUCCCCUCUUUUUAUAUAUAUAUUGACAAGCUUGCGAUCUAACUUUUGCAAGAUCUCUCGGAGCAGUGAGAGGGUUUCUAGGUUUCAGAGAAAAAAAAUAAUGGCUCCACUCAAGUACUUGUGUUUUAGAAAGUUACUGUUGUUGCUCUAUUUCAUUCUCUUCCUAUUCUCUUGCUCUUCUUUCUUUGCUACUUUUGCCUCAUCAGAAACUUCUGUUGAUGAUGACAAACAACAAACACAGUUAUUAGAUCCACAUUUUAGAGUGAGAAGAUUGUUGGUGAAAGAUCUGGAAACUGAUGAUGAAGAAACCAAUCCUCCUCCUCCUAAGAAGAAGAAGCUUACUGGUUCUGUUCCAUCAACACCUGGUGCUAAGAAGAAUCAAACCAAUCUCAUCAAACCAAUCUCUUCUUCCACCAAGAACCAGACUAAACUAGCUAAGACUACAUCCUCCAAACUUAACUCCACCAAAUCUUCUUCUAACACAACCAAGAACGGAUCAGACAUCAAGAAGCUCAGUUCCGGAACCAAAUCCUCAAACUCUACUUCUUUGAACAAGAAGUCAUCAGAUCUGUCCAAAUCAACCUCAUCCAAGAACAAGACCACCACAAAACCCCCAAGUUCCAAACUAUCUCCUCCUCCAGACAAGAAGAAACCACCAUCCUCCUCAAAACCCACAACCAAACCAAAACCAGCAGAGAAAGAAAUAAAACCAAUCUGGCUAGACAACGAGGAAGACGACGACUUCGUCAGCGAGUUCAGAGACCUACCCACAAGAUUCCAAAGAACCCUAAUCCCAGACCUAGCAAAAAUCUCAACCACAUCCAAAAACUACAUCAACAAAGCCAACAAAGAGAUCACCAAGAACUUCAAACCCUACUUCGGCAACAAGUACGCACCAAUCAUCACCUCCGCUGUCUCCUUCAUCUUCAUCCUCGUCCCUCUUCUCCUAGUCUCCCUCGUCUUCAACCGUUUCAAAGCCUACUUCUCCCUCCAAAAGCUCCUCAUCUUCAUCCAAAUCUACCUCUCCAUCUACUUCACGAUCCUGUGCCUCUCCUCCCUCGUCACUGGCAUCGAGCCACUCAGGUUCCUCUACGCUACGUCAGGCUCAACCUACGUGUGCUUGCAGAUCAUGCAAACACUAGGAUACGUGUUCUACCUCUUGGUUCUUCUCAUGUACCUCGUCCUAGUCUUCUCUACGGACUGUGGCUUGGCCCUCAAGGUACUAGGCUUGGCGCAGACGUUUGUGGGGUUUGCUGUGGGUUUGCAUUAUUACGUGACGGUGUUUCAUAGGGUGGUGCUUCGACAGCCUCCGAAGACGAACUGGAAGGUGCAUGGCGUUUACGCCACGUGUUUUCUUCUCAUUUGCGUGUUGUCUAGUGCGGAGAGGAGGAAGAAAGAGUACUUGGAAGAAGGCGGUGACGAAGGGAAGAAAAAUUGAAAUUUUUGCAUUUUGUAUUUCUUUUUUUUUUCUUUUUGCUUUGUUGUGUUUUUAUAAUUUCGGCAAAAUUUAGCUGAAAACGCAAUAGAAGAACAAUUACUAGUGGAGGUUGGAGAAUUUGCUGCUUCAUUUUGUAUUUAUAAGGCAAAUCGAUAAAUGUGGAACUAAAUUUCAUA